GUUCUUAACCACUGUGCCACCGGGGAAGCCCCCCACCCCCAUCUUUGUUGUUGCUGAUUUUCCCUAUACAGUUAAUCUCCCUGCUUCUCUCAUAUUCUGGGAGUUUUUCUCUGCACUGUCAGGACUGCUGCCCAGAUCUCUGGGACUUGCAUUUUACUCUUUUGAGCCCUGCUAUGUGCUUACCCCUGUGCUUGGAGUUGGGCAGAGGAGUGAAGUACAAACCUAUCCUCAAGAACCCUAUGGUCAGUCUACGAGAUGUCUUACCCACAGGAGCAAACAAAGCUGUCACUGGGUUACAGGAGAUAGUGGUACUGCUAUAGGUGAGGUCUCAGAAGAGACAGACAUUUAUGGUCCAGGGUGGCCGUAGUAGGCUUUAUGGAGAGGAUGGCAUUUGGCCUAGCCAAGGAAGGUUAAGACUCCGGUAGGCAUAAGGGGACAUUCCUUGGAUGAGAAAGGGUUUUGUGGAUAGCAGGCAGCACAGGCUACUGACCAAAGGAUAAGCUUGAUCCUGGGGGCAAUGUUUUCUCCCAUGAAGGAAGAUGGCCUUCAACUAGACAUCCCCUCACCCAAUAUGGACUCCUGAGGGUGGACUAGUCAGUGAAGACCAUCUUGUACCCUGACAGAAAAGCAGUGGUUUUGGUUUUUGGGUGUUGGAUGUGUUGGGGAGGAGUGGCGAGGUACUCCUGCUCUCUGACUGUCACUGUCUUAUCACUAGUUUGCAGGGCCUAGGUAGGGGGAGGGGUAGGCCCUGGAAAGUGCCUUCUAGCAGUGCUUCCUCCCCCACCCCGCCCCCUCUAGACUUGUUUUUGGUUAGAUUUGUUGCUUCCUGUUAAAGGGACAGACUGCUGGGGCCAAUUGGGAGUUUAAUGCUGAAGGGCCCACUUUGAGCUGACCUGAAGUUUGUACUUCUAAGGAGCGCUGUUGGGGAUGGUCCAGCUGAGCCUAGGAGCUGCACGGAAUGGUGGCAGUCACCUCGCCAGUGCAGCAGGCAUGGACCAGACUGCAAGCUAGGAGAGCAAGGCAUCAGUCAGGAAGAGGGAACACACAGCUAGGCUUAAGGCCUCUUUAUCGGGAUGUCCCCAGGCCCCCCAGCCCAGGCCCAGCAUAAAGGCUCUGGGGGGGGGUCCCCCCUGACCCAAGGCGGGGCUUCAUGCGCCACGUGCAGGCGGAGCCGUCUCCAUCCUCAGAGCCAGAGGCUGGCCCUUCACAGCCUGCAGUCAGGCAGGGGGCCCUCCAGGGUGGCCUGCUCAUGGGCUACAGCCCGGCGGGGGGGGCAACAUCCCCCGGGGUCUACCAGGUAUCCAUCUUUUCCCCUCCAGCUGGUGCCUCCGAGCCUCAUAGGGCCCUGAAACGGCCAGCCCCACCCACUGAGGGUCCCCGGGAGCUGAAGAGAGGCCCUGGGCUGGGGGCCAGAGAGGGACUACCCCCUGAAGAACCACCUACUCUGGGGCUAUUGGGCCCAGAGGGACUGGGGCUGGGACUGGGCGUGGCCAGCCAACAUUUCUGCCAUCAUGGCCUCUGUGUUGUGGAACAGGGAGGUAGCUCCACCUCACCUUGGACUUCAGGGGCCCGGAGUCCCCCCUGGCCCCCAUCAAAUGCUUCCUGCAGUACUUUGCACACCAGAGACUGGGCUUCCCCACAUCCUGGGGGACAGGGGUCCCUGGGGGAGUCCCCAGGGCCAGCCCCUCCGGGCCAGCUGCACACACUUGACACUGAUUUGCACAGUCUUGCACAAAUAGGGGGUAAGAGCCUAGUGGCUGGCGUGGGCAAUGGGGGCAGCCCCUGGCCUAGGGAGUCCCCUGGCACUGCCAAUGGGCACAGCCCCGAGCACACACCCCCUGGCCCUGGACCUCCAGGCCCCUGUCCCACCAAGCGAAGGCUGCUUCCAGCUGGAGAAGCCCCGGAUGUCAGCUCUGAGGAUGAGGGGCCAGCCCCUCGGAGGCGCCGGGGAACCCUGGGCCACCCUCCUGCUGCCAACAGUUCUGAUGCCAAAGCCACACCCUUCUGGAGCCACCUGCUGCCUGGGCCCAAGGAGCCUGUGCUGGACCCAACAGACUGCAGUCCCAUGGGGCGGAGGCUGAAAGGUGCCUGUCGCCUGAAGCUGAGCUCCCUUCGAAGCCUCCGGAAGAGGCCAGGCCUGCUGAGCACCCCCAGUGCCUCCCCUGUUCCUACCCCCGCCAUCAGCCGUACCCUGUUGGGCAACUUUGAGGAAUCAUUGCUGCGAGGACGCUUUGCACCAUCUGGCCACAUUGAGGGCUUCACAGCAGAGAUUGGAGCUAGUGGAUCCUACUGCCCUCAGCAUGUCACGCUGCCUGUCACUGUCACCUUCUUUGAUGUUUCUGAGCAAAAUGCCCCGGCUCCCUUCCUGGGCGUCGUGGACCUGAACCCCCUGGGGAGGAAGGGUUACAGCGUGCCCAAGGUGGGCACCAUCCAAGUGACCUUAUUUAACCCCAACCAGACUGUGGUGAAGAUGUUCCUCGUGACCUUUGACUUCUCGGACAUGCCUGCUGCCCACAUGACCUUCCUGCGUCAUCGCCUCUUUUUGGUGCCUGUGGGUGAGGAGGGAAAUGCUAGCCCCACCCGCUGCCUCCUCUGCUACUUGUUGCACCUCAGGUUCCGGAGCUCCCGCUCAGGCCGCUUAAGCCUGCAUGGAGACAUCCGCCUGCUUUUUUCCCGCCGGAGCCUGGAACUGGACACAGGGCUCCCCUACGAACUGCAGGCUGUGACUGAGGCCCCUCACAAUCCACGUUAUUCACCUUUGCCCUGAUUGUCAGUGCCCUGAACCCAUGUGGGCCAAGGACCUGCCCAUCCUGCUCCAUCCUGGACAGAGCAAACACGUGGAGAGGUGCGAGAGACCCUUCAGGCUUGAAUUAAAGCCCUCACCACGCUCAUGCCCAAACUGAUUAUUUGGGUGUUUAAAGCUUCUGAUCUUACCACACUCUGCCCUACUCUGGGUACUCCACGUGCCUGCCCCCUCCCUUGGAUUUCCCAGGCCAGCUGCGGUAGUGGGGAGGAACUGGAGCUACCCUGAGGUUGUCCUAAGUUCCCAGGCAAGUCAUGCCAGCGUUGCCUCCCUGUCCUGGGCAGGGGCCACUUAUUAUUUUAUUUAUUUUAAUUUAUAAUUUAUUCAAAUUGGAUUGCCUUGGUAACGUCCCAAACCUGAUAAUUGGCAUUGCCCCUCCUCCUUUCCCACUCUCAGAUAUUGCUCCAACCUCAGGAGUUGAAGAGGCUGAUAUGGGGGCUGUAGGAGAACCGCUCUCCCUCAGCUGAGAGCAGAGAAGUAUUCCGGAAGGACUGAGUCACCAGCCAAAGACUCAGCUUCCCCUGUCCUUCCUUAUUCCUUUCACUUCCCCGACCCUCUCACCUCUCUCUGAAGGCCAAUUUGUGUGUGUGUGUGUGUGUGUGUGUGUGUACGUGUAUGUGUGUGAGAGAGAGAGCAUGCGUGCAGGCACACACACACAGGUGUCAACCACACCUCAUCUAGGACUUCAGACUCUGGUUGUCCCUCUCCUUCUGCCUGUGUCUCCUUGCUUUGGGGUCCUGACUGAGGAAGGUGUUCAGGGGACAGAGUCAGGGCCAAGGACUGGGGUGCCUCCUCUCACCUGGCCAGACUCUGACCCACCUACCUCAGUUGGGGUGAGGGGCACCCCUCAAACUCAGUCAUGUAGUUAUCAACUACCCCAUUCCCCACUCUAGACUCUGACCUAGCCUUAGCCCUGAUACCUGGGGCUGGGCUGAGGGGAACAAGCAUUUGCUAAAACUUGAAAAAAAAAAAAACAGGAAAAAAUUGUACCUGGUACU